AGGCUCCGGCGGGGCGGGGCGAGCCCGAGCCCGCCUUGAGCCCCGGGUCAGCCCGGUCUGCCCCUGUCCGCCCGUGUCCCCUCACCUCCGGCCAGCGGCUUACCCCGGUGUGGCCGCGUAGUGCCGCGACCUCCGCUCGGAGGACCCUCCUCCCCGCAGCCCGCCGCCAUGGCGGGCCUGCCCGGCCGCGCCGCGCCGCUGCUGGGGCUGCUGGUGGUGCUGGUGCCCGGGCUCUUACUGGCGCAGCCGCCGGGCAGCGGCGGGCAGCCCCGCUACGAGCCCACCUGGAGCUCGCUGGACGCCCGGCCGCUGCCCGCCUGGUUUGACGAGGCGAAGUUUGGCGUCUUCAUCCACUGGGGCGUGUUCUCGGUGCCCAGCUUCGGCAGCGAGUGGUUCUGGUGGUUCUGGCAGAAGGAAAAGAGAGAGCCCUAUGUGAAAUUUAUGGAGGCAAAUUAUCCACCUGGGUUCAGUUAUGAAGAUUUUGGGCCUCUGUUUACAGCAGAAUUCUUUGAUCCCAACCAGUGGGCAGAUAUUCUGAAGGCUUCAGGUGCAAAAUAUGUUGUCUUAACUUCAAAACAUCAUGAAGGCUUUACUUUGUGGGGGUCCAAAUAUUCUUGGACUUGGAAUGCUGUUGAUGUGGGACCAAAACGAGAUCUUGUGGCUGAGCUAGCAACAUCUGUUAGAAAUAGGACUGACUUGCAUUUUGGGUUAUAUCAUUCCCUGUUUGAAUGGUUUAAUCCUCUCUUCCUUGAGGACACCACCAAUGCCUUUAAGACAAGAAAGUUUCCAACCAGUAAAUCAUUACCAGAACUCUAUGAAAUUGUGACCAAGUACCAACCAGAAAUAAUUUGGUCUGAUGGGGAUGGAAAUGCACCAGAUACUUACUGGAACAGCACUGGUUUCUUGGCUUGGCUGUAUAAUGACAGUCCAGUCCGGGACACAGUUGUGACCAAUGACCGCUGGGGAGUUGGCAGCAUCUGUACGCAUGGCGGCUUCUACACUUGUAGUGACCGGUAUAACCCCGGGCAUCUCCUGCCUCACAAGUGGGAGAACUGUAUGACUAUUGACAAGAGAUCAUGGGGGUACAGGAGGAACGCGCAGCUUGACGACUACCUCACAAUCGAGGACUUGGUGAAGCAACUUGUAGAAACAGUGUCUUGUGGAGGAAAUCUCUUGAUGAAUAUUGGGCCCACUCACGAUGGUCGCAUCGCUGUUGUAUUUGAGGAACGCCUGAGGCAGAUGGGUGCCUGGCUGAAAGUCAAUGGAGAAGCCAUCUAUGGAACAAAACCGUGGAGAGCACAGAAUGACACGGUCACGCCAGAAGUGUGGUACACUUUCAGCCCUGAAGGAGGCAAAGUCCAUGCUGUCUUCCUGAACUGGCCAGUCUCUGGGACUCUGGAACUUGGUGAGCCACAGGCUAAGCUUGGAGAAACACAGGUGAAGCUGAUUGGCUACAAGGAACUGCUGAAAUGGGUUGCACUGGGGGAAAAAGGAAUUGUAAUAGCUCUGCCUCAAUUAACUCCUAAGGAAUUGCCAUGUCAGUGGGGCUGGACUUUGCAACUGACUGACGUAAACUGAGCCAUACGCUGCUGGAGCCUCGGCUAGCAGGGAAUGCCCAUGUUUUGCCCAGUUUCUCAUCAUCGGUUUCUAACUCUUACUUGCUUGACUGAGAAACGUCAGUAACUUCAGUCUUUUAUGGAAGGUGGGCUGUUAUUAAAGGAUGGAGUGUAAUGAACUGCAGAUGAAAUCCAGCAGUAGAUAGUUGAAUCUCUGCAUACAAUUUGUUUCUUUGAACUUGUGUGAAAACUGAGCAUCUACCUUGAUCUCUCCACUUUUUUUUUCCUAACCAGUUUCUUGCCAAGUUAUGUGAAGAAUGGGGGGAGGGGGGGAAACAGGCACUAGAUUUUUAUAGCCAUGAGAAAGACCAAAGCUAGCUCAAGCCAGCAUUCAAUAGAUCGGACAGCAACUGCACAGAAGUCCGUUGUAUACCUUCUUUCGUGCAAGAAAUCCAACUUCCACAAAACUGUACAGUAAAAACUGUCAGUUUUGGAGACAACAAUAAACUUUUUCCAGUAUCUGCAAGAACAGUCCUGUAAGGGUUAGGAAUUCAUAUGCACAUCUUUGUUUCUCAUCAUGAAAAACAUUAAUUUUAUGUUUCUACUGUUGAAUAAUUCUAUCCAUUAUUAGGAUACAAGUAAAGCGGGAGGGUUGUUGUGCUGUUUUGUAUAAUUUUACAUGGUUAAAGCUGACUCUUGUUUACAGCUGUUGUUUUUACACAGUUACCAGGGUGCCUUCUGUGGACUAUUAAUCAAAACAUAUACUUCAAUAUGAACUUUUUUAAAGAGAAAUAACCAAGAGUUGCUAGGGAUUCUCAACUUUGGCAGAGAGGCAACAUUUUAAGCAGAGGGUAGAUUGCAUCCAACUUGAAAAAUUCCCAAACUCAUCAUGUCCCAGUGUCAAGUUUGCAAAGAGGGGGAGGUAUAGGACAACAGAAAGCAUGAAUUGUCUCAUUGUAGAGACCAAAAGCUUAUUUUUCCUGAGUAAUGUUAAUAAGUGCAAAACUAUUACUGUGUAAGUUGAAUUUAUUCUUUCAGCUAUGUCAAGAUUUUAAGUGAUGGGUCAAAUGAGGUUAUUGCCUUUCCUGCUAGUAAUGUUAAUACACACACAAAUUUUACAUUAAAAUAUUUUAUUACAAUACAGACAAUUGGGCUCAAAAUUAAUACAAAUUAAGAUAAAAUAUUUACAAGUUAAUGUGUACAGUGUAGCUGUUUGAACAGCAUAAACAAGAGAACUUCUAAAAAUCCACAUUCCUUUAGUAUUAAAUAACAGAGAGAGCACCCCUCCUCAGCUUGUUCAAGAGGAACAUGCAUCAGUUGGCAAAGGCUAUCCGAAGAAUGAGAGACUCUUUGGAAUAAGAUACGUGAAGUUUAAGGGGAAAAAAACCAAGAGUUUUUAUGAAGAAAAAGAAAAAUUGGGGAGAAGAAGAAAGAAGCCUUACUUCGUUCUGCUACUCUGUGCUGUUCUUAGGUCACUGUCAUUAGUUUUGGAAAAAACUAACACACCCCAGGCAAACAAAUGGGUUUUUUAGUAGCUUGUUGUAAUACUGCCACCAGAUGCCUUUCAGAUGCAAUAAAAAUAAAUCAGAUGAAUUA